CAAUUGUGACAUCACAAGAAGCUGUCCAGGAAAUUGCAAUUCAGUUUUCGGUUUUUUGUACAAGUGCUCUUUCCACAAAGUUGGGCGCGAGUCCUGCCCCGCUGUCUCUCCUGCUGCGUCUCUGGCUUGGAGGUUGGUCCGGGGUGCAGCGCAGCCUGAGGCUCUAUGCAGGGAAAUGCUGUCCUUCUGGGAUGUGGCCAUUGAGUUCUCUCCAGAAGAGAGGGAAUGCCUGGAGCCUUCUCAGUGGAAUCUCUACAGGGAUGUGAUGUUUGAGAAUUACAGCAACCUUCUGUUCCUGGGUCUUGCUGUCUCUAAGCCACACCUGGUGACAUUUCUGGAGCAAAGACAAGAGCCUUCAGGCAUGAAGAGACAAGCAACAGCUGCCAAGCAUCCAGGGACAACACCCAAUGAAUGUAUUGAAUCCAGCAAGGUCUUUGGUGGCAAAUCAUUCCUUAUUCAAUGCCACAGAACGCAUACAGGGGAAAAACCCUACAAGUGUGAAGAAUGUGGGAAGGCCCUUAGGUCUCGCUCAACACUUUCUGUACACCAGAGACUUCAUACUGGAGAAAAACCCUACAAGUGUGAAGGUUGUUAUAAGACCUUCAAUACUCUCUCUAAACUUUCUGUACACCAGAGGGUUCAUACUGGAGAAAAACCGUACAAGUGUGAAGGUUGUUAUAAGACCUUCAAUACUCUCUCUAAACUUUCUGUACACCAGAGGGUUCAUACUGGAGAAAAACCGUACAAGUGUGAAGGUUGUUGUAAGACCUUCAAUACUCGCUCUAAACUUGCUGCACACCAGAGGGUUCAUACUGGAGAAAAACCCUACAAGUGUGAAGAAUGUCAUAAAGCCUUUAGUACUCGCUCAACACUUUCUGUUCACCAGAAAAACCAUACUGGAGAAAAGCCCUACAAGUGUGAAGAGUGUGGUAAGUCAUUUUACUAUCCUUCAAUGCUGAAGCAACAUCAAAGAAUUCAUUCUGGAGAGAAACCUUAUAAAUGUGAAGAGUGUGGCAGAGCUUUUUAUGAUCCUUCGUUCCUUAAGAAACAUCAAAGAAUUCAUUGUGGAGAGAAACCUUACCAGUGUGACAAGUGUGGCAAACUGUUUUCCUAUUCUUCACACCUUAAAAUACAUCAAAGAAUUCACUCUGAAGACACUCCACACAAGUGUGGGGAAUGUGGCAGAGCCUUUUCUAAGCUUUCUGCCCUUACUAAGCACAAGUUUGUUCAUUCUAGAGAGAAACGACACACGUGUGAAGAGUGUGGCAAAAAGUUUGCCAGUCCUUCAAAACUGAAGAGACAUGAAAGAAUUCAUACUGGAGAGAAGCCCUACGUAUGUGUAGUGUGUAGCAAGAUCUUUUGUACUCAUGCAGAGUUUUCUAUACACAAGAGAUCUCACACUGCAGAGAAACGAUACAAAUGUGAAGAGUGUGGCAAAACCUUUUGUAUGUUCUCAUACCUUCCACUGCAUAAGUUACGUCACACAGGGGAGAAAUCUUACAAGUGUGAAGACUGUGGGAAAAUGUUUUACUCUACUGUAGAACUUAAAAAACACCAAAUAAUUCAUACUGGAGAAAAAUCAUACAAGUGUCAAGAAUGUCCCAAAGCCUUUCGUAAUCAGUCAGGCCUUAAUAGACACAAGGCGGUUCAUACAGGAGAGAAACUCUACAAGUGUGGAGAGUGUGGUAAAGUCUUUUCCUAUUCUUCAGACCUUAAAAGACAUCAAAAUAUUCAUUCUGAAGACAAUCCACACAAGUGUGGGGAAUGUGGCAAAGCCUUUGUUAAUCUUUAUAACCUUACUCGACACAAGACAGUUCAUACUGGAGAGAAAUUCUACAAAAGUAAAAGAUUUACACAUCUUUAGCCUUUAAAGGAAGUCAAAUAAUUCAUUCUGAAUAAUGAAAGACCCCGAAGAGGCACUUUCGUAGAGGGAGACCCACACACCCAGGAACCAGCGAGGCCACGAACUGGAUGCAAAAAAAACAAGGGGCUUUAUUGGAGACGCAGGUACCUGGG